GCAACGCACAACAGGAGAACGAGUGGCGCUGGGACUACAGGAACUUUUAACACGCGCAUUCCCCAAUAAUUUACGGCUCAAUCGAUUGAGAUGGAAGAUGAGCUUGAGCUCUUCAUCAGGGAGCGGAAGGCAAGGGUGGCCCAAGAUAGAGCUAGUUUGGAGCAAGAUCCUCCUUACAUGGAAAUCCAGGCAAAACCUCAUAGAAGCCAUGGGUCCCUGCUCAAGGAGAACAUUCCACCCAAGUUAACUGCACAGGAGAAUGAAGAAAGCAGCAAUGUGGGUCUUCCCCUCGGUGUGGAGUAUGAAAAGAAGAAAAAAAGGCUUCAGCAUGAGCUCCGUAUGGACUACAGACGCUACAUUGCACAGCAAAAUGGUGUCCUCAGACAGCGCCCCCUUUCACGGAGGGACGUCGGCACUCUGACAGAAGCCCAUAAGGAGUCUCACAGAGCUCUUUCCCCUCCUGAGAGUCCCUUAUACCAGGUCAGACGAGAGAUGCUUGUGGACCAGGAGCCAGAGGGGGAACAUUACACAGAGGAGAAGCUAUCGGAGGUCACAAGUAGCAGGCGACUGGCGUUGGACUGCAGUUCCAAGAAGACACAUUUCAAAAACGAUGAUGGGAGGGAGGAGAGUGAGAGUCCUUCAGGUUUUGCCGGCCAAGGUAGACGAUCAAGAGCACUGAACAAAUCUGAUGAAGCUGAAUUUUCUACUGGCCUUUUAAUUGGAGAAAUUGAUACAGAUGAAAUUCUACAAAGGAGGAAAGAGCGCUACAGAGUGGAGCUGCAGGAACAAAUAGCUGAGCAACACAGAAACAAAAAAAGGGAGAAAGAUUUGGAGCUGAAAGUUGCAGCAACAGGAGCAAACGAUCCAGAGAAACAGCCCAACCGAAUCAGGCAGUUCGGACUGAGCAAGAGAAAAGAGUCUCGGCUGUUGGGGCACUCCAUGUUGGGACAGAGCGAAUCAUCAUCCAGCUUACCUAAUCAUGACAAGACCGGUGUUGGAGACAGGCUGAUGCCUGCACAGAAUCAGCCCCAUGUAGCCUUUCAGUCUCCAUUGUUGGAGUGCAAUGGAGGUGGGCUGUCUCCAGAAAGACAGCCUUUUAGCCUCUCCUUUCCCAGAGUGAUGGACACUUCCAGAAUUCCUUUGCUCUCUCCUCAUCCUGCUCACAUAGUCAGUCCCUAUCGAGAGCCCCAUUACAAUUACAGCAACAGAAACUUCCUUGACCCAAACCUUGCCUACUAUGGUCAUUUGUCUUACCCUGCUGCGGGACUUCCCCUGUCUUACUAUAACAUGCCACCGGGAGGAGCUGUGUGCAGUCAACUGAGUGACACAAGCCCCCAAAGUGGAAGCAGUUUACCUGAGCCCACUCCACAGCCCACUACUGAGACGGUUUCAACAGCCCCCUAUACUGGGCUAGUCCCCCCAGAGAGACCCAAAUCAAACAGGGAAAGGACAUUGAACUAUGGAGAAGCCCUGAAAAAACAGAUUUUGGAGCAGCAGGAGCGGAAACGAGUAGAGAGGGAGGAGCGGGAGCGUUACGAGGCCAAGCUGGAGGCCGACAUGAAGAGGCAUCAGCCUUGGGGUCGAGGCGGCGGUGGAGCCCCACUCAAAGACAGUACAGGAAAUCUCAUCGCUGACCUCAAGCAGAUGCACAAGUUGAAUGAAGAGGCCCACAGUAACCCAGAGUGGCAGCAACGAGCCCCAGCUGUGAUAGCCCCCUGCCCAGUUGAGCACUCCAACUCCAAAGAUAGGAUCUCUGGUCAUCGGACACACAUGUCGAUUGAAGAGGCAAGCAGUAACCCAGAGCAGCAACAGAGAGCCCCAGUUGUGGUUGCAGCCUGUCCAGCUGAGGAUCCCAACGACAGGAUCUCUGGUUUCACUCAUAUUCAGACGCCCCAAUUUUCCAGGGGCAGUGUGUUGACCAACCAGCCAAGACCACAGCAACUCGAUGAGCAAGACAAGUACAAAGCUUACCUGAAAAAGCAGAUUGAGGAGAAACUUCAUAAACAGGCAGAGGAGAGGGAACGGAACAGACUGGAGGAUGAAAAGCUUGAGAGGAAGGUGGCAGAGCAGAUGGCUCGUAUCAAGAGGGAAUAUGAAGAAGAACAAGAGAAGAAGAAACGGAAGGAGAUAGAGCAAAAGGCCAAGGAACAAGAACAGCUUAAGCUGGUAGAACAGAGGAAGAUGGAAGCAGAAAGAAAGAAGACUGAAGAGAGGGAGAAAGCAGCGCAGAAGCAACGUGAGCAAGCGAAGCAUGCUCAGGUUCACCGGGAGUCGUCGGCUCCAGUUCCAACUCUGCAGAAGAGUCCCAGGUCAUCAAUUGUUGAGAGCCGUUACUCCACUGCUGCCCUGUCUGAGCAAUCUAUGUCUGGUCACAGAUCUCCCCCUGUUCCAGCUUGUAGAAAUCAACUACGAGCUGCAGGCAGUAAACUUGACGUGUACAGUGAACUGUCAGCGUUGCGUCGGCAGCUUCGUGCAGAGCAAAAGCGACUUGAGAGUCAUCUGCAGCAGGGCUUUUGUGAUGAAAUGGACCCCGUAAUGACUGGAAGACAAUCACGUCCACGAGUGGAUGUUUUUAAUAUGGCGAUGCUGCGGCUCCAGGCUCCGGUUCGAAAGCCCCCCUCCAGAAACAUGGAACCAAGUAAUCUGCUCCAAAUUCAUGACUCGCUUCAGCUCGAUUACACAGGUCGUGAAUCCAGGUUGAGCUCCGUGGAGGUUGAGAGGAUGGAGAGAGUGGGCGCGGCCAGCAGGAGGAGGCGUGUCUACAAUGAACCGCAUCAGAAGCUCAGUAGCCAGAGGCCCUCAUACACGCAUGGCGAUUUUGAUGUAUGCCCUACUCAUCAAAACGAUCUGGAAAGUGUGAUGGGGCGACAUGCAAGAGGAUCUCUCCUCGAGUCGGAUAGCGCUUUUCUUGCCCCUUUGGGAGAUGCUUUUUCUGUGCCAAGCUCCCCAGAGGCUGAGACGACGCUGCUCUCAGCCCGGGAAAGGAGGAGGCUGACCAAACAAUCCCAGCAUUCUCUGGAACUAGACAACCCCACCCAUUCAGGUAGCAGGAAGCAAAGAGAAGCAGAGUCGAGCGGCGAGGAAAAAAGCCAGGAAAAGAUGUCCCCCGCUUGUGGGGGCAACAGAGCCGGAACAGUGGACCUAUCUGAUGAUGACUUGUUGCCUCCCCAAAUUUCUCAGCUCACUCACAACCGUCAAAGUUCAAUAGAAUCCUUCUCGACUGAUCCCUGGAUGCGACCGGGUACUUCAGAAACUCUCAAAUGUUUAGAGGAAUCCAUGAAAAGGGACCGUUUGACAACAUAGGAGCCUAUCCAGUCUGUACCUGACUUACCACAUGAUAUUUCUGUUUAAUAAAUGACAAAAGAAUGGGUCA